AUGGAAGAGAUCACCGCUGCUCAGAAAUAUGGCUGCAGCUGCACCUGCCAGUCCGUCGAGGUGUCCAAUAAUGGUGGAGCGCUGAUUGUAAACAGCGCUGGCCCCAUCGCGCCGUCCGGCAUCGCCGUGGCCACAGACCUCGGCCUGUCCGGCACCCUGGAUCUGUCCGGCACGCUGCCGUACUUGAGCGCUGUGGCGUUUGAGGGCAAAUUCGACACCAGCGGUACCGCGCCUGUGUGCUACGGCUGUGGGGACAGCGUCGCCAUCACACAGCAGAUCGGUGGAUCCAGCGGUUCCAGCUCUAACCUUUAUGGUUGCGGUUGUGGAGGACGUUAAUUUUUUCACCCUUUUGUACCUGUUCUACACUUUUAUAUAUAAAAAAAAUGUUGUAUAAAA